CCACACACUUCCUUUACUUACACUCACAGUAAACUAAGUCUUCCCCUCAACCUCUCUCAAUUUUGUGGUCUCAAGGCUCUCAACCAUGUCCUCAGCCGUAGUUGCUGGCGCCUCCUCCUCUUGCUCUACCGCCUUCUCCAGGAACCACUCCAUCAAAACCUCUCCAAACCCUUCUUCAAAACCCUUCUCUCUCCAAUCUUCUACUUCCCAGAAAAGCACAUUCCAAGGGGUAUCUCUUCAGGAAGCUAAAAGGGGAGUCUCAGAUCUUUUCAAAGCAGUAAGAAAGAGCGGUUUCAGUAAUGAAAGUAGAGGCCUUGAGAUUACAGCAAGAACUGCUGGGGCUUCAAAGACUAUUGAGGUUGAGGUUGACAAGCCACUAGGCCUCACUUUGGGCCAAAAGUCGGGAGGUGGAGUGGUCAUCACUGCUGUAGAGGGAGGAGGGAAUGCAGCAAAAGCAGGACUUAAAUCAGGGGAUCAGGUUCUGUACACAAGCAGCUUCUUUGGGGAUGAACUUUGGCCUGCAGAUAAACUUGGAUUCACCAAAACAGCCAUCCAGGCAAAACCUGAUUCUGUCUACUUUGUUGUUAGCAGAGGUGCAGAAGUUGAUGUCAGACGUCUAACAAAGCGUCCGGCUCCUCCUCGCUUUGGGAAAAAGUUAACUGAAGCUCAAAAGGCUAGAGCUACUCACAUCUGCCUCGACUGCGGAUAUAUAUACACCUUGCAGAAACCUUUCGAUGAGCAGCCGGAUACAUACGCGUGUCCGCAAUGCAGGGCGCCGAAGAAGAGGUUUGCGAGAUACGAUGUGAACACCGGGAAGCCAAUCGGUGGGGGAUUGCCUCCAAUUGGUGUACUAAUUGGUCUGGUGGCUGGUGUUGCUGGUGUUGGAGCAUUGCUUGUUUAUGGUCUUCAGUGACACUGUUUCCUAAGGUCCUGAUCAUUUUUUGUCCUUCUCAUGGACUGUUGAUGUCAAAUAUAUGAAGUAAAAUCAUAGUCAUAUGGAGAAUUUGAACUUCAAUAAUCAU